AUGACUGAGGGAGAUCAGUUUUUUUCUCUAGAAAUUUGUCACCCUCAUGUGUCAGUUCCAAUUACUGUUACUGCAGUAUAUGCUGCCUCUACGUUAGAGGCUCGGAGGGUCCUCUGGGACGGUUUGUUGCAGUGUCAACCGCAUCACAAGCUUUGGAUUGUUGUUGGAGAUUUCAAUGUGGUCGUUGAACCAUGGGAAAAGAGAGGGGGGCGGCCUUUUAGAGUGGUUGAGGCUAGUGACUUUGUUGAAUGUAUGGGUUCUGCGGGAUUGUUCGAUGGGGGCUUCUCAGGGCCGAACUUUACCUGGUGUAAUAAUCGCCACGGUAGGGCAAGAAUUUGGAAGCGGUUAGAUCGUCUUUUGCUGAAUGCGGCAUAUUUAGACAUACAUUUGUCUGUCACUGUUUCCCAUUUGGCGCGACAUCCAUCGGAUCAUGCCCCGUUGCUUAUGGCGGUGUCUACCCGGUUGGAUGGCAAGCCUCGGUGUUUUAGAUUCAUAAAUGCGUGGGCUGACUAUGACGAUUUCAGGGGGGUGGUGAAGCAGUCUUGGGAGCAAGAGUGUAUGGGGCCGCCGGUGCACGUCCUCUGUAGGAAGCUGCAGCGCUUAAGGCCGAUAAUUCAAGCGUGGAACAAGGAUCGAGUGGGCAAUUUCUCUAACAAUGUGAGGAAGGCGGAGGCGGAAGUAGCUGGUUUGGAACAAGGUAUGGUAGGUGGGGGAUCUGAUAAUGAGCUACUGCGGUUACAUCAGGCCCAGGCUCGGCUUAACCGUGCGUUAGCCAUGGAGGAAGUCUUGUGGAAGCAACGGUCGAGAGUCAAAUGGUUGCAGUUGGGGGAUAGGAACACAAAAUUCUUCCACUCCGUGGUGAAGCAACGGCGAAUGCAGGCUGUGAUUCAUGGUAUUCAAGAUUCCAAUCACAAGUGGGUGACUGAGGAUGCGCGUAUUGGGUCUGAAGCAGUUAAGUACUUCUCCUCUCUUUUCUCGAUGGAGGAGGAUCCAGCCUCUUCGGCGACGGUUGGGGUCAUUCCUAAAAUGGUGUCAUUGGAAGACAAUGAGUUUUUGCAGAACAUGCCAUCUUUCGAUGAAAUUCAGCAAGUGGUGUUUACGAUGGAUGUGGAUAGUGCUGCUGGGUCAGAUGGGUUCACUGCACGAGGGCUGCGUCAGGGGGAUCCGCUAUCCCCUGCCUUGUUCAUAAUUGGGGCCGAGGUGUUGUCGCGAUCUCUAAACAACUUGCCCUGCUGUCGAGGGUUUCAGGGAUUUGGCGUUCCAAGGGGUUGCCCCCUAGUGACUCACUUGGGGUAUGCGGAUGAUGUACUUGUUUUCUCUAGUGCAACGACAAGAUCCUUACGGCUAGUGAAGCGAGUUUUGACUGACUAUGAGGCUGUUUCGGGGCAAAGGAUCAAUGCGGGGAAGAGUUGCUUCUUGGCUCACCCAAAGAUAUGUCCCGCCAAGAAGUUGACAAUUCAGAGGUUGACUGGCUUUAAGUAUACGCCUUUCCCAAUUAAGUAUCUUGGUUUCCCGCUGUAUUGCGGGCGACGGAAGAAAGAAUAUUUUGGGGGAUUAUGUCAAGCAAUCCUACUUCGGAUUCAGUCUUGGCAGAACAGGGUGCUGUCGCAGGGAGGGAAGAUAGUGCUGGUGAAACAUGUUCUCUCAUCUAUGCCUACUUAUUUGCUAAUGGCGGCAUCACCUUCCAAAUCUAUUUUUCAGGAGAUUGAGGGCAUGUUUUCUAAUUUUCUUUGGGGAGCUACAGAGGGGGGUACCAAGCACCAUUGGAUUAGGUGGAAGGAUUUGUGUGUGUCACAUGCUGAAGGGGGGGUUGGCUUGCGCCAAUUGGAGGAUGUCUAUAAGGCUUUCUCGAUCAAGUUAUGGUGGACCUUUCGCGCAAAUUCGUCCUUAUGGGCUGAAUUCAUGCAUGCUAGGUUCUGUCGGCAGGUGCACUCGAAUCUAGUCUCUGGGGCUAAGGGCUCAGAGGUGUGGAGAAGGAUGGUGAAGGUGCGGAAUAUUGCGGAAAGACACAUCGGAUGGAUUGUGCGGUCAGGGAGUGCUAAUUUUUGGUUCGACAAUUGGCUUGGCUCGGGCGGAUUGUCGGUGCGGUUGGAUAAUGUAUCCGAUCAUAAGGUAGCGGAUUUUGUGCAACAGGAUGCUUGGGAUGUCAGACGGAUUUUGCAGUGGGUGCCUCAGGAGAUAGCCUCGGAGAUUGUUCGGGAGGAUCCUCCUGCUGGGCAGCUUCCGGAUCUGAUGAUUUGGAGGCCAGAGCAUUCGGGGCGCUUCACGCUCAAGUCUGCUUUCUCAAUAGUCCAACAUCGUUCCUCCCCUUCACCAUUAUUCAAACGUAUUUGGCAUUAUGCUGUGCCUUUGAGAAUUUCAUUCUUCCUGCUGCGUCUGCUACGAGAGCGCCUCCCGUUGGACUGUACCUUAUGGCGGUUGGGGAUACAUGGGCCUUCACGGUGUGUGUGUUGUUCGUCUCCUGAGGUCGAAACUGUGGAGCACUUAUUCGCUGCGGGGGACAUGGCGAAUCACAUUUGGCAUUACUUUGGGGAUGCGGUUGGAGUUGCCUGGACUGGGUCGGCCUUCCACGUCUAUAUGGCAGCCUGGUGGCAAGGAAGGCACCGCAAUAAGUUUCUGAUGUUUGUUCACCAGGUUAUCCCUCUGUUGAUUUGUUGGCACAUUUGGAAGGCUCGGAAUGGCGUCAAAUAUGAAGGCAAGACGGUUGGCGGGCUUCAGGUUUGUCGUUAUAUUUUUUCCGAUCUUCUGGAGAUGUUUCGAGUACAGUUCCUGGAAUGCCGGGUUUCGACGCUAUCUUGGUUACAUUUUUAUCUGGAGAUUUCAAGUUGGAAUAGGGCAGUGUCACAUAUGCUGGUUAAAUGGGUACGGCCCUCACACGGAGCCCUAAAACUUAACACGGACGGGUGUUCCAAGGGUAACCCUGGGGUGAGUGGUGGUGGAGGGGUGCUUCGGGAGGCAAGUGGUAGGCUGGUCAUGGCGUUUUCGUGUAAUUUUGGAAUCGCUUCGAGUAUGCAGGCUGAAGCCUGUGCUUUGCUUUUUGGAGUCCAGUUAUGCCUCUAG